AUGAGGAGGGCUCUAGUGCGGGAUUGCCGGAAGGACACGCAGUUUGCGAGUGAGAUACCUAUGGAGUUGAUCUCGCUACUGCCACGAUUUACCCUGGUAUGGACAUUUUUCAAGUGGAGUAAGAUGGUGUCCAAGUAUUCAACGCAGGAGGCGAAGCAUUUUGAGUCAUUCAUGGCAGGCGCACUGGAUGGGGCGUUGGGUAUGUUACCUGAGUCUGGGGAGCAUGAUAAUGCGGAGGCUGUCAAGUUAGCGAAGAAAGCGGCGGCGGCAGCUGUGAAGGCGAAGCAGGAGGCAUUGCAAGCCAAGGCGCGGACGAUGCGAUUCGAGCUCGUAUGUUUGAAUCGGUGCUUACGCCGUGUGCGCCAGAGGAGGAAGCUCAGAUUGGUUUCGCAAUAUGCAAAAGACAGCAGGCGGAAGUUCUCUGUAGAGACUAUUGCCUUGCCUAGUGUGGCAGCAACGAGGGAGCAUGCGCAAGAAAGUUUGGCGGAUCGCAUCGGUGGUCAGGCUGAGCAAAGGGCUCCGAAUCAGUUGUCCAACAGUCAGCUGAAGAAACACCACAAGGCGACAGCGCAGGCUGAAUAUGGACGGAAGCGUCAAUAUCACAAGCCGCAAGACUUCUGGGACGAGCGUCGCAGGGAGGAGGACAGGCGUCGUGAUAGUCGACACAGGGAUGACCGGUCUUUGCGUCGCUCUCGUUCACCAGUUCAGGAUAUGCUCAAAGUGCGCUCAGAGGCGAACAAGGCAGAUAAACGUGACGAUAGGGCUGAAGCGCGAUCGAGGGCUAAGCCGAGGUCGGCGUCAUUCACAGGGUGUUUUAACUGUGAAGAGGAGGGCUAUCAAGCCAAGGACUGCCCGGAGAAGAAGAAUGUCAUGAAGGCCACCAAGACCCGAGGUGUCUGACGUGGACCAGUGGUUGCGUCGUGCGUGGGGGAGUAUGAAACUCCGGCGUACAUGGAUGCAGGUUCAGCCAUUAACUUUAUAUCUGAAUUUACUGUUAAUAAACUGAACAUAGCAUGUAUGAUGGGC